UUCAGGCAUCAUUUCUUCCAUUUUUGUCUCAUCUUGUUUUUUUCUGGGCUAUUGGCUCUGUUUUCCAUGGAAUGCUUUGUCAUGGCAGAGAAUGGUGUUGAGAAAAUCAGCAGCAGGAACGGAGAGACCAAAAGCGAGGUCGAAGCUGACCGAGUGGAGAGGUUAGCCAAGUUUCAAGAGAGAGCUUUGGCCCACGCCCUUCAGUUCCCAAAUGUUCGACGAGUAGUAUACAGCACGUGCUCGGUGUAUUCUCGGGAGAAUGAGGAGGUGGUGAAGGCUGUUCUUCCAAUCGCAAGCCAAGAGGGUUUCCAUCUCUCCUCUCCAUUUCCCAACUGGCCCCGCAGGGGCUUGCCUCUUCUCGAAGGAGCGCACCAUCUGCUCAGAACGGAUCCUACCGAUGACCAAAUGGAAGGGUUCUUCGUUGCCCUAUUUGUGAGAGGAGAUGAAGACAAAGGACAUCUUGAUGAGUGCGUGUCACGAGAAGAUGUAGCGUCUGGAAAGUGUGACCAGAUAUCACAAGCGAAGAAGAAGAGAGCACCCGUGGACGACAAGGAGGACGUUGAAGUCAGUGAGGACGACAACAGCGCAAAACCUGAUCCAGGAGAGAAGAAUGGGACAAUAGAGGGACAUGGCGACGAAGCAGCCGUUGACCCUGGGCAAAUGAAGAGCGGAAAGGCGAGAAGAAGAAUGCUGAAGAGGCAAAGGAAGAAACAGAAGCUCAGUGCAGAAGGAAGCACACCCUCGGAAAGGGACAGCACCAGAUGAGACAUGCAAAGGUACCAACAAUUCAGUCUGCUACUCGGUUUGUGCGGUAAUGUUGGGUAGCAAGGAAACUUCAGACUCGUCUGGUCUGCAAAUGACAAGAGCACGUAAAGGGCAAACACGCGUUAGAACCUUUUUACACUGAAUCUUAUCGUCAAAACACUCAAAGAGACAUCCAGUAUAGUCUGAAUUGGUGAAUGCCCUUACGAUACCGUAACCAGGCAAAGUUCUGUUGUUCCGUCUUCUAGAAGAUCGGCACUCCAGACGAACGUCUGAGAAUCCAAUCGGCGGUUUUGAUAUCGCUUUUCUUAAGAAAUGAAUGUGCUUUUCAUCU